AUGUCUUCCCAAUUCUUGCAGACGGAGCUUGCGAACCUCGUCCAAGAGUCUAGACGAAAGAAUUCUGACCUGCGAAGUGCAGCAGAGCAAUCACUCAAUGAGUUGAAAGCGCUGCCCUCGACAUCCGAGGCGCAAAUAGCAGCAGAUCUUAUUCGUAAGCCGACCUUUGUUGAGCCAUUCGUCAUUGCAUGUCAUACUCGGCACGCAAAGCUUGCUGGAAUUGGCGUGAUCUGCCUUCAAAGGUUGAUUGCAUCGCGUGCAUUGCCAUCACAUCGUUUGAAGGAUGUGCUUGCAGGCCUACGGGAAACGACGAACUUGAGUCUUGAUAUUCAACUCAAGAUUCUUCAAUCUUUGCCUUCUCUGCUGCAAUUUUACUCCAAUGAGCUCAGCGGAGAUCUUCUCGCAAAUACUCUGGAAAUAUGCGCAACUCUACAGGCAAGCAAACAGAUCGCGGUCAGCAGUACUGCCGCUGCUACGCUUCAACAGCUAGUUGUGUCGACUUUCGAGAGAGUCGCUACCGAGGACAAGCUGCCUACUGAUGGCAAAGUUACAAAGACUGUGAAAGUUGACGGCCAGUUUGUAGAAAUAGGGCAGUUUUCAUAUGAUGCUCUACAGGUUUUGGAUGAUCUUUGUCGCCUCAUUGAUGGCGAACAAUUACAGUUUCUUCGCACGAGGACCCUUUCACCUCCUUUCGUUCUCGAGCUUAUUGAGAGCAUCAUUCUUAACAGUGGACGUCUUUUCGUAGGACACCCGGAGCUGUCUCAAGUAUUACGGGUUCGCUUGGUGCCAUUAAUUGUUCGAUGCCUGUCUGAGAGAACUACAUUUCCCCAGACAGUCCGAGUUACUAGGAUUCUUCUUGUCCUUCUCAAGCGCCAUAUGUCCCUCUUAACCGCCGAAUGCGAGAUGGUUCUUGGCCUGCUGACUCAUUUGCUUGAACCGGAUGGUACUGCACCAUGGAAGCGAGUUUUGUGCAUGGAAUUAUUCCGAGGCCUUUAUUCCGAACCGGGCGUCGUUCGGCAGAUUUACUCGCUUUAUGAUGCAGAAGAAGGAAGAAAGAAUAUUCUCAGGGAUCACAUGGCCUCCUUUGUGCGGCUGGCUUCUGAAAAACCCUCGUUGAUUGGCGUCAGCAAUCAAUCAACAAUCCCGCUGCGUGCCGAUCAUUCACGAUCCGUGACAGAGGAUCAAAUAGCUCUCGAGACUGGCGGUGUCGCAGGUGUCAUUGGUACAUCAGUUCCUCAGAACGAGCUGAAGGUCCCAGGGAUCAGCACUCAGUGGAGUGUCGUCCGAACGCCUUACAUUGAGCUACUGGAUAAGACGGAGCCAUCGUUGCCUCCAGACACUUACAUUUAUAGUCUUGUUCUGAACUGCAUUAGCGCUUUUGCCGAGGGGCUUGCAAAGUUCAUCCUCCCGCUCACGGUCCCAGAUCUUAAGCAAAAACGGAAAAACAGACUGGCCAAUACUCCUGACCAGGGGCCUGAUUCAGCUAGAUCUUCUCAGGACCUUCAAUCCACAGAUGCGAUGAGAACACAGGCGGCUUUCUCAUUCAGAAAGUCCUCGGUACCAAUAAAUCCCUUGGAACUGCAGUCUCACAUCCAGUUUUCUGCUAUCAAAAUAUGCGCGGGUAUCAUUGAAAAUUGUUGGCCUGCUGUACUAGCAGCAUGCUCCACCUUUUUGCACGCCUCCCUUGACGAUGAAUUUUACCACAACCUGGUUCGGGCAUUUCAAAAAUUGGCCCAUGUCGCAGGCUUGCUUAGGCUAUCAGUGCCUCGAGACGCUUUUCUCACAACACUCGGCAAAGCAGCCAUGCCUGCAAGCACUGGAAGUUCUAAAGCACAGACCUCUGGAGCACCGGCCGGCCCAUCACAGGCCCAUGAUGAUUUUCAGAAAAAGCGAAAAAGCACCGAUCUCUCACGAACCAAUUCAUUGCCGGUGGACUCGACUACUUCAUCGAUCGGAGAUGGCACCCAUGUGUCUCUCAGCACCAGAAAUCUUCUUUGUCUCCGAGCUCUUAUCAAUCUUGGCAUUGCACUGGGACCAACCUUGGACCAGCCAGCCUGGUCCAUUUUGCUGGAGACACUGCAGUAUACCGGUCUGGUCAUUGGAAUAUCGUCGAGUGCAAUGGUCAAAUCAGCCAGUGGCGCGGCAGAAGUUCCAGGCACUUCAGGGAAUGAUGUUCCCACUGCGAACCUUGGCUCAGAAGUAAUCGCCGUACAGGCUGCAUCUUCUAAACUGUUUGAAAGUACCAGUGACUAUCCUAAUGAUUCGUUCCAGGACAUUCUUCUUGCCCUCCUAGGCCUCUCAUCAUUCACAGAACAGCGAGACGGACAAGAAGAGGUUCAGCAGGUAUCUGAGGCGCCCCGAUCGCCACAGCCAUCCCGGCAAACUGGACGCAUGCAUCAAAAUGCCCGGCGUGUGUCACACACUGUGGGGAAAUCAAGGAUGCAAGAUGAGGAACUCAAAUUCGUGCUAGACAAAGGGAAUGAAAUGGCUAGAGCAAAUCUUGAGAGACUCUCGUCAUUGGAUGCAGCAGAUAGUAACGCCUGGCAACUACUGACACGAAGUCUCAUCUCAAUCUCCGCGAACAUCGCAAUUAGCCCAAAUCUCCGCCUGCAGGCCAGUGGGAUUUUGAACUCACUGGUUUUUCUGACGAUGAAACCAAGGGAUGGCGAUGAAGAGGAGACACAGAAUAAGGUACAAACACGGAACCUUCAAACCCUCAAGGACCAAGUCAUUUCUCUGUAUGCAUCAGAUCUGGUAUCUUCCAAGUCGCUUCCAAUCACAGUGGUUGAGAUUCACGAGCAGAGCUUAGAAGUGCUUCAAAAUAUUCUCGAGCAGUAUGCAGAAACAUUCCAAGAUGGAUGGAAUCUUGCAUUCGACCUGAUAUCCGGUGUCUUUCAAGGUGUCGCAAAGGUGGAAUGUAGCGAUCAACUAUCUUUACCAACCGAGCGCAGAUCAUCCGGCCUACCAGCCGGGCCAAGGUUAGUUCGUGCUGCGUACAAGUCAUUACAUCUUGUCGCAUCCGACUUCCUCUCCUUGUUGCCUGCGGCUUGUCUGCUGAGCCUGGUAGAUUCGCUCUCGAGCUUUGCUUCUCAAACACAGGAUUUCAACAUUUCUCUUACAACUACAUCAUUUUUCUGGACCGUGUCAGAUUUCCUCCAGGGACAAAUUGAAGAAUUCUCCAUUGAGAGUCAUGUUGAUGCUUCUGUCAGUGAAGAAGCUUUGGGUGAUCUUGCCCAAUCUAAGGACUUGUCUGUCUCGAGGAAUUCGCUCUGGCUCCUGCUGCUGCUUCGCAAUGUGGAUGUUACCACGGAUACCAGAUCAGAAAUUCGGAACAGUGCGAUUCAUACCCUUCUCAGAAUUUUUGAUGCCUACGGGCAGCAGCUUUCCCCUAAAGCAUGGCGGUUAUGUCUUAACAGGGUACUCUUUUUGAUGGUGGAGCAAAUUGAAAGCACUCUCAACGAGCUGAAGGCCGUGAAAAAUGAUCUCAAGUCCUGGGUGGAUACCACAGUCGUGAUGAUCAAUGGAGUCGCUAAUCUGAUCACGACUUUCUUUGAAACCAUUGUGAGCGAUGAGAAGUUCGACCAGUCGUGGACACGACUUCUGAAGUACCUGCAAGCCUUGGUCGAGAUGCAACUCCUUGAAUUCAGUGAAGCCACAUUUGCUAGUAUUUCAGCUAUCCUCAUCCGAGUGCAAUCUUCCACUGGGCUGAGCAAGAAUGCACUUCGGUGUGCUUGGGAUCUGUGGACCAAUGGACACCCUGCUGGUGACGAAGCCAAGCUCGACGUGGAUCGGCCUAAUCAAGAUGCUGCGGUGGCUUACAUCCAAACCUUCCAACAAGUGUAUCGUCUAUACAAGGAUGAUUUGACACCAGAACAUAUCGAAAAGGUCCUGAACCACCUGCGACUGCUCGUGUGGAACUCGGUAUCCCCGGCCUAUUCUCCAGAUAUUGAUCGACCUUCCACUGUCCAAGCGAUGGUGAUUGACUGCAUCAAAACUCUUUGUUUGGAGAAAGAAGAAUCCCAGGCUGCAAUCCUUUUGUGUCUUGCCGACCUCUCUGCUUCGGCAUUAGCCCAAGGGAGCGCGGACAGCGACUCUAGAAGACCUACAUUCGUGGCAUUUUCGAAAAACAUCAUAGACCUCAUUAGCUGGUACAUCUCUGAGCUUGGUAUUAAGCAAGACAUUUUCACCAAUGGUACUUUGGCAACUACCCUCGAACGUCUCAAUGGGCCAAUCGGACAGAAGUAUACCUGGCAAGGAAAAGACCGCCAGCCUUACCUGUGGCAGAAGGCCUCAACCGUGUCUUUGAACGUACUGCAAGUCGCAGUCCCUUAUGUGGAAAAGCAGUACACCGAUGCCAACACUGCAGAGAUAACUCGCUUCUGGCAAUGCGUCGUAGAUGCUACGCACGGCAUCGUCUCUGCACGGGGUUUCCAAGCCCAGCAGCUACCAAACGCCCGCAUCCAAACCGACGAAGCAUUUGACAUCGCCUCAUUCAUCCGCCUGAAGACACUGGUUCUACCUUCGCUCGGAGCAUCAGCCAUCGCAAGCUCAGUCCGCCGGGACUUCGCUUACGCUCUCUUCAGUUCAUCCUUCAUCUACCCACCUCAACGACUCGAUCUUCCGGCCACUUCCAUCGAAAAGAACCCUCUUCAGGACUUCUACAAAGUCCGAUCAGGCCGUACUUAUGACCCUCCACCGACCCUGCGUCCGAAAAUGGCCUACGCGCUUAUGGACACUCUCUUCGAGCUUGCUACAAAUGCAGAUGCCGAUGAUGCAUCGAUACUAUCCCCGCAGACUCUGCUCGCACAAUCAGUUUCUCCUUACCUCCUUCUUCGCUGCGCCAUGUCGCUGAAAGCCUAUAUCGCCGAUCAGCCUCUGCGCGGCUUGAUGCCUCAACCUACGCCUGCACGCAAGGCUCUGCUUCAUCUUCUUGUCAACAUGGUGCAGCUUCAAAGCAACCCGUCCGCUAUUCCGGAUCCACCGGUCCUGAAAACCGUCUCGGCGACGACUAGCUCGAAAGAUGUCAUCUCGCGUCACCAUCGCAAGCAUCUUGAAUGGCUGUACCCGCUCAUCGUCAAGGCAGUCCAGGUGGCCGGUAAAGAACGCGAUGAUGGACAGGUGCUCCAGACCCUUGGGCAGGCGCUGAAGGAGACUGGUCAUUUCGAAUAA